UUUAAAAUUUUAAGUAAAAGAAUUUGUAAUGAGGCAGCUUGGAUUACUACUGUUGUUAAUCCUGCUCUUGCUCCUGUUGCAGCUGGGGCAGAAACUGGGCACCGCCUACAACUAUUGCUACAAUCCGUUGCAUGUUUGUAAUAAAAAAGGCCUUAAGCAUUUCAUAUGCGAAGAUCACGUUCCAUAUCUAAACAAGACCAAAUACGUGGCCACUAUACCAGAUACACUGCGAUUUCGUGAAUUUAUCCUUUCCUAUUACAAUAAAUAUCGCAAUCUAGUCGCCGGCGGAUACUUGACUACACUGCAGAACAAGACAUUCAAACCCGCUUCUCGAAUGCGUGAACUUAUCUGGGAUUUGGAACUCGCAUACACGGCACGUUUACACGCAGAAACGGUUUCUUUCAAGCAUUCGGCAUGUAGAUCCGUCGCGCGAUUUCCCUAUGCUGGGGAAUGCAUAGGAAUUGUUCAAUCCUAUAAACAUCGUCGUUCCCUUGCCGAUAUACUGGACCUUACGAUCAGGUUUAUGUUUGAGUCAUAUAUGGAGGUUCAGGAUCCUGAUAGGCUGAUAACACAAUUUCGAAUACCAGAGGACAUGCCUUUGGGACAAUUCACAAUGCUCGUCAGCGAUCGAGUCUCCCGUGUGGGCUGCGGUUUUGUUGUAGCAAAGGACUGUAAUUUAAAGGAUAUACCAGGCUUUUGCUAUAUGAUGACCUGCCAUUAUGACUUUAUCAAUCUGGGCAAUUCAUAUACAUAUUUAACAGGAGAACCAGCCAGCAACUGCUCAGAUUGGAACACCUUUCCCAGCCGAUCCUACACGAACCUUUGUCACAACACCGGCGAAAUAUUUCCCUAUUCUUGAUGCUAGAAGUUGAAGAAA